UUUUGCUUCCGGGAUUAACUUGGAUCACUAAACAUAAAUGAAAAACAGUGGCUGUUUGCUUUUGCUCUGAAUAAUUCAAGUUUGAGUGUAAUAUGUUCUGAUGGUGGAUUAUAUUACUUUAGAGCAACAAACAGAAUCGCUAUCAAGUUUGGGUGACCAUCUAUUAUGUACUGUGUUUAAACGUGGAAUUUCUUGACUGUCAGAUCUCAAGUGUCAUGUGUUUUCCCUGGACUGCUACUUCACUAAAUGAAACCAUUGUGGAUUGUGGCUCCUUGUGCUUGAAAUGAAUAACGAUUUAGCUCCUCUUUCACCGGUGCCAUUGGAACAAGCUGUUCUUGAAACUUGUUUUCAGCAGUUAGGCAUUUUUUCAUACGACCGAGCAAAAGAUUAUGUGGAAAAGGAGAAAGAGAACAAUAAAAGCGCCGGUGCCAGCUGGUCGUCGCUUCUGGCGGCCCUGGCACACCUGGCAGCUGCAGAAAAAGCAUAUCACAGUAUGACGUUUCUGGGACAAAAACUUGGUGGGCAGUCAUUUUUCAGCAGGAAGGAUUCCAUACGGACCAUCUAUACUUCUCUACAUAAUGAAUUGAAAAAGGUCGUAAUGACUGGCCGGAAUGCUACUGGAGGAACUGCACCACAUCUAGAAGAGUUGUUGUCGCACCUGUCUGAACAGCUGUGUUUCUUCAUUCAGGCUCGGAUCGAAAUUGCAGACUUCUAUGAAAAGAUGUAUUCCCUCAGCUCCCAGAAAUCUAUCAAUCUUGAAGAGCUGGUGGACUGUCUAGAGUCCAUACUACAAAAAUAUAGCUCAAGAUUCCAUCAUCCUAUUCUGAGUCCCCUCGAAAGUAGUUUUCAGCUGGAAGUGGAUGUACUGAAGCAGCUGUUAAAAGCUCAGGCUGAGAUCUCCGAAUGGAAAUUUUUGCCAUCUUUACUGAAUUUGCACAAUGCUCACACUAAGCUUCAAACCUGGGGCCAAAUCUUUGAGAAACAACGGGAGACUAGGAAGCAUUUGUUUGGUGGGCAGACUCAAAAAGCCGUGCAGCCCCCACACCUCUUUCUCUGGCUAAUGAAACUGAAGAAUACACUUUUAGCCAAGUUUAGCUUCUACUUUCAUGAUGCUUUAAGUCGUCAAACAGCAUUGUCUGAAAUGAAAACCUUAACUGCCAAAACUAACCCAGAUUACUUUGGGAAAACUUCAAGCUUCCUCCGAAAAUAUGAUGUUACAAAUGUAUCUUUGAUUUUUGACAACCGUGGGUCUGAAAGCUUUCAGGGACAUGGCUACCAUCAUCCUCAUUCCUACAGGGAAGCCCCCAAAGGUGUGGAUCAGUUCCCAGCUGUAGUCUCCCUGCCAGGUGACAGGCCUGUAAUUCACUGGCCAAAUGUAAUCAUGAUUAUGUCUGAUCGAGCUGCAGACCUUAACACUUUAGACAAAGUUGUCCACUUUUAUGAUGAUAAGGUCCAAAGUACAUAUUUUCUAACACGUCCUGAGCCCCAUUUUACUAUUGUAGUGAUCUUUGAAUCUAAGAAGUCUGAAAAAGAUGCACACUUUGUCUCAUUUCUUAAUGAGCUGUCAAGUUCUCUUAAAAACUCUAAGCCAUUUGCAAGCCUUAAACCAGGUUCCAAAGGGUAAUAUUGGUAUAAAUCGUAAACCAUGAACUUUAUUAUGAAAAUUAUUUUAUAAGAAGCACAACACUGGCUGCUAUUCCAAGACAUUGUUUACAUCUGUAGUCUGUUAAAACAAACCUGUUUACAAGAUGUGGUUAAGAGAUUUGCUGCUGAGAAACUGUCAUCUCAAAUUAUUAUUUCCUGAUCGUUGAAGUUGAGCAAGUUGUUCAACUGAAAAUUCCUGUGCCACUAGAUUUCUGACAUAGCCAGUUAAGGGCUAAGCACAACAUCUUUCCUCACUAUUGAUGUCAAUGGUGGAAACAGUUACAUUUCUGAGUUGUAUCUUUUUUAUUUUUUAUAGUCCUUCCUUGAUUGAUGCUGUAACCCAAAUUUCAAAUUUUGCCUGCACAAAUUGUCUUUAUUUGUAUUAGUCCUUUCAUUUUAUUAUUUAGCAUAUUUUAUUUUUACAGAUCCAGAAACUCUGCCUAACAUCCCAUUACUGCUGAUGUAAAUGGAAUAUUCCUUGUUAUGAAAUAGCUUUGGGCCUGGCCAUGACCUUUCAGACUGUUUUGCCAAAAUUUCAUAUUAAUUGUUUAAUAUCGUGUGAAUAUAUAAGUAUAAAAGUUUGUACUAGGAAAAAAUGUGUCUGCUAUGUGAAUCCUGUCUUACCUCAUAUUUUUUUUAGCUUGGAAGGUGCUAGACUGAUCAACUUAAGUGUCAUGCAGAAUGGACUAAUGGAAUGACCAUUCACCUCAACAUUAAUCUUGCUGUUUGUGCCUCAUCCUUGAAGGACAAAACAUUUGAUGUUAUGUAGUCCAAUCUCGCCUACAUUCUUACCCGUGGGUUUGGAGCCGAACCUCGGC